UUCCUAAGGCUGAGAGAGACUCUUUGCUAGGAAGUUCUUCUGUGCAGGCCUUCUUGUUUCUGCCAAAGCAGAUAGUAACAAGACUUUUCAACCAUGAGCAACCCCUUUGCACAUCUCACGGAGCCUCUGGACUUGGGCCAGUCAGGAAAGAAGUUCUUCAAUCUGAAUCAUUUGAAAGACUCCAGAUAUGCACAUUUACCAUUUUCUAUCAGAAUCUUACUUGAGGCUGCAGUUCGCAACUGUGAUGAGUUUCUUGUAAAGAAAAAUGACGUUGAAAAUAUCCUCAACUGGAAAGUGAUGCAGCACAAAAAUAUUGAAGUGCCAUUUAAGCCUUCCCGGGUUAUUCUGCAAGACUUUACAGGUGUCCCUGCAGUGGUUGAUUUUGCUGCUAUGCGUGAUGCCGUGAAGGCCCUGGGAGGUAACCCUGAGAAAAUCAAUCCGGUGUGUCCUGCUGAUUUAGUCAUUGAUCAUUCCAUCCAAGUUGACUUUAAUAAAAGGCCAGACAGUUUACAGAAGAAUCAAGAUUUGGAAUUUGAGAGAAACAAGGAAAGAUUUGAAUUCUUAAAGUGGGGCUCUCAAGCCUUCGAAAACAUGAGGAUUAUUCCUCCAGGCUCAGGGAUUGUCCAUCAGGUGAAUUUAGAAUAUCUGGCAAGAGUUGUCUUUGAUCAGAAUGGAUUCUAUUAUCCAGACAGUGUGGUGGGUACCGAUUCACAUACCACGAUGAUUAACGGCUUAGGUGUGCUUGGCUGGGGUGUGGGUGGUAUUGAAGCCGAAGCAGUGAUGCUGGGCCAACCGAUCAGUAUGGUGCUUCCUGAAGUGAUUGGCUACAAAUUGAGCGGUACUCCUCAGCCAUUGGUCACAUCCACAGAUAUAGUGCUCACAGUUACCAAGCAUUUACGCCAAGUAGGAGUUGUGGGCAAAUUUGUCGAGUUCUUUGGACCUGGCGUUGCUCAGCUGUCCAUUGCUGAUCGAGCCACCAUUGCCAAUAUGUGCCCAGAGUAUGGAGCAACUGCAGCCUUCUUCCCAGUUGAUGAAGUUAGCAUCAAAUACUUAGUUCAAACCGGCCGUGAUCAAGAAAAGAUUAAGCAUAUAAGAAAAUACCUUGAGGCUACAGGAAUGUUCAGAGAUUUCAAUAACUCAUCUCAGGAUCCAGAUUUUACUCAGAUUGUAGAACUGGAUCUGCAAACGGUUGUGCCGUGUUGCAGUGGCCCUAAAAGACCACAGGACAAGGUUGCUGUCUCUGACAUGAAGAAGGAUUUUGAGACCUGCUUGGGAGCAAAGCAAGGAUUUAAAGGCUUUCAGGUUGCCCCUGAACAUCACAACCACCAUGUCAAGUUUGUUUAUAGUGAUAAGGAGUUUGAACUUACACAUGGUUCAGUUGUGAUUGCUGCUAUUACUAGUUGUACCAACACCAGUAAUCCUUCUGUGAUGCUUGGAGCUGGUUUGCUUGCAAAGAAAGCUGUAGAAGCCGGGUUGACAGUGAAACCAUACAUUAAAACUAGCCUGUCUCCAGGAAGUGGAGUAGUCACAUACUAUUUAAGGGAGAGUGGAGUGAUGCCUUACCUUGCUCAACUAGGGUUUGAUGUGGUUGGCUAUGGGUGCAUGACAUGCAUUGGUAAUAGUGGGCCUCUGCCAGAAUCUGUUGUUGAAGCCAUUACUCAGGGAGACCUAGUAGCUGUAGGUGUGCUGUCUGGAAACAGGAACUUUGAAGGCCGUGUCCACCCGAACACACGUGCCAAUUAUUUGGCCUCCCCUCCAUUGGUAAUAGCCUAUGCUAUUGCAGGGACCAUAAGGAUUGACUUUGAAAAAGAUCCUCUAGGUGUAAAUGCACAAGGAAAGAAGAUCUUUCUGAAGGACAUUUGGCCUAUGAGAGAUGAGAUCCAAGCCAUUGAACGCCAAUAUGUAAUUCCAGGAAUGUUUAAAGAGGUCUACCAGAAAAUAGAGACAGUAAACAAAUCCUGGAAUGACUUAGAUGUCCCAUCAGACAAACUAUAUGUUUGGAAUCCAAAAUCCACAUAUAUUAAAUCUCCUCCAUUUUUUGAAAAUCUGACCGUGGAGCUUCAGCCCCCUAAAUCCAUAGUUGAUGCUUAUGUCCUGCUGAAUCUUGGUGAUUCUGUGACAACUGACCAUAUAUCUCCUGCAGGGAAUAUAGCAAGGAACAGUCCAGCUGCCCGUUACUUAACUGGUCGAGGCCUCACUCCUCGAGAUUUCAACUCAUAUGGCUCACGCCGGGGCAAUGAUGCUGUCAUGGCAAGAGGAACAUUUGCAAACAUACGCCUGUUGAACAAAUUUCUUAAGAAGCAGGCCCCCCAGACCAUCCACUUCCCAUCUGAUGAAACUCUGGAUGUGUUUGAUGCUUCUGAGAGAUACCAACAAGCUGGCCACCCACUCAUCAUAUUGGCCGGUAAGGAAUAUGGCUCAGGAAGUUCCCGGGACUGGGCAGCAAAGGGGCCUUUCCUGCUGGUAAGUAGGUUAUUUUAGGAAGAGUGAGCUUCA